CUCUGCACACUGGGUUCAUCUCUAGAGUUGUAAGGGGGUUUAAUAGUUUGUCGUGACGUCAGCGGGCAGAUCUGGGGUCUGUGCUGCGCGUCUCUGGUUGAAACUCAGUGGCGCAGCAGCAGGAUAUUUACAACACUCUACUACACUCACUGACUGUAUUUCACUUGCCUUUACCUGCUGGACUAAACGCUGCCAUGAACCUGUCUGCUGUUCUGCUGUUUCUCAUCGCCAGGGUCUGUGCGGAAAGUCUGGAGGGGCCAACAGCUGGCUGCACGUUUGAGGAAGACUCUGACCCCAGCCUCUGUGAAUACAGACAGGCACAGGAAGAUGAUUUUGAUUGGCAACUUGUACGGACCUAUAGCUGGCCUCACAUGACCUCUGACCUCAUACGAGGUUCCUACAUGUUGGUGAACUCUUCUCAGUAUGGUGCGGGACAGCGGGCUCAGCUCAUGUUACGUCCGCUGAGUGAGAACGACACACACUGUGUGCAGUUCAGUUACUUUCUGUACAGCCGUGACGGACACAGUCCCGGGAGCCUGAGUGUGUAUGUGCGUGUAAAUGGUGGCUCACGGGGAAAUGCCGUGUGGAAUGUGUCCGGCUCUCAGGGGCGGCAAUGGCAUCAGGUGGAGCUGGCCGUCAGCACCUUCUGGCCCAGCGAGUACCAGAUCGUUUUUGAAGCCACAGUCUCAUCCGAGCAGAAGGGUUACAUCGGCCUGGACGACAUAGUGCUGUUAAACUACCCCUGCUAUAAAGUGCCUCAUUUCUCCAGACUCGGGGAUGUGGAGGUGAACGCAGGGCAGAACGCCACAUUUCAGUGUGUGGCAACCGGACGGUCUGCUAAGACUGAUCCCUUCCUGAUGGAGAGGCGUAACGGUGUUCUGAUGUCACCAUACUCAGUGACGUCAUCAGUAGGAGAGCGUCGAUUGGUUGCAUGGUUUCAGGUGGGCGGAGCCCAACGUGCAGAGCAGGACCUCUACCGAUGCAUCACUCAGUCAACAUAUGGAGCUGCAGUGUCAAACUUUGCAGAACUAAUCGUCAGAGUCCCGCCCACACCGAUUGCUCCACCCCAGCUGCUGCGCUCUGGUCCCACCUAUCUGAUCAUCCAGCUCAACACCAACUCUAUUGUGGGUGACGGGCCAGUGAUCCGGAGAGAGAUUGUGUACAGGGCCAGUCAUUCGCCAUGGUCUGAAACACACGGAGUCAACUCACUAACAUAUAAAGUCUGGCACCUGGAACCAGAUACAGAGUAUCGCAUCAGUGUUCUUCUCACCCGGCCUGGAGAAGGUGGAACUGGACCGCCUGGACCCCCGCUGGUCAGCAGAACCAAGUGUGCAGAGCCCAUGCGUCCCCUCAAAGGUUUGACGGCUUCGGAAAUUCAGCCUCGUCAGCUGCUACUACAGUGGGAGCCGGUCGGCUACAACCUGACGCGCUGUCAUACAUACUCCCUGUCGCUGUGCUACCGCUACUCCACUGCUACUGGGGGCGGAGCUGGCGGGAAUAACGCCACAGUGAGGGAGUGUCUUUCGGUGGAGAAGAACACCUCCCGCUUCACACUCCGGGAUCUACCACCAUUCCAUGCCAUUCACGUGAGGCUGGCUCUAGCCAAUCCAGAGGGCAAGAAAGAGAGCCGAGAAGUGACCUUUCAGACAGAGGAAGACAUCCCAGGAGGAAUUGCACCUGAAUCUUUAACCUUCACCCCAUUGGAUGAUAUGAUCUUUCUGAAGUGGGAGGAGCCUUUGGAGCCCAAUGGUCUGAUCACACAGUAUGAGAUCAGCUACCAGAGCAUCGAAUCGUCAGAUCCCAGCAUCAAUGUUCCUGGCCCACGCCGCACUGUAUCCAAACUAAAGAACGAGACAUAUCACAUGUUCUCCGGGCUUCACCCUGGUACCACAUACCUGGUGUCUGUUCGCGCCCGCACCGCUAAGGGCUUUGGGCAGACCGCCCUAACUGAAAUCACCACCAAUAUCUCAGCGCCUGCAUUUGAUUAUGAAGACGUCCCCUCUCCACUGAGUGAAUCUGAGAGCACCAUAACAGUCCUGCUGCGUCCAGCCUUGGGGAGAGGAGCACCUGUUAGCACGUAUCAUGUGGUUGUGGUAGAGGAGGACAGCUCCAGACAGGUGAGGCGGAGGGAGUUGGGUCACAUGGAGUGUUUCCCUGCUCCUUCCUCCCAUGGGGAGACUCUAGGGGGAGGAGGAGGGGCAAGUGGUGCACCGCCUCAUUACUACACCGCUGAACUCCCACCCAGCAGCUUGCCCGAGGCAACGCCCUUCACUGUGGGGGACAACCACACCUACAACGGCUAUUGGAACACACCUCUUGACCCCAGCAAGAAUUAUCUCAUCUACUUCCAGGCCUCCAGUAACUUCAGAGGGGAGACCAGGAUCAACUGCAUUCGGAUCGCUCGUAAAGUCGCCUGCAAAGACCAUAAGCGUGCUCUGGAGGUUUCCCAGCAUGCCGAGGAUAUGGGGCUGAUUCUGGGGGCCUGUGCCGGGGGUCUGGUUGUUCUCAUCCUCCUGCUGGGAGCCAUUGUGGUUAUUGUCAAGAAAGGAAGGGAUAUCUAUUCGUACCCUUACUACCCCAGGAAGAAGGUGAACAUAAACAAAGCAGUCAUGACGUAUCGUCAGGAGAAGACGCGUAAGCUGGGGUCACUGGACUGCAGUACGACAGAACACAGUACACUGCAACAGGACGAUCGUACCGCGAACACCUUCAUGGAUUCACAUAACUGCACUGCCAGGAAUGAGCAGCGCAGCACUGUAAAUGAGUCCAGCAGCCUGCUGGGGGGUUCUCCCAGAAGGCAUUGCAGGAGAAAAAGUUCUCCAUAUCACACAGGGCAGCUCCACCCGGCUGUGAGAGUGGCAGACCUGCUCCAGCACAUCAACCAGAUGAAGACAGGAGAGGGGUACGGUUUCAAACAGGAGUACGAGAGUUUUUUCGAUGGCUGGGAUAUAAACGAAAAGAAGGACAAGACCAAGGGCCGACAUGACACCCUUUUGGGUCAAGACCGCCACCGUGUCAAAAUGCAUUCUCUCCUGGCCGAUCCUAAUUCAGACUAUGUCAAUGCAAACUACAUUGAUAUUCGGAUAAACAGGGAAGGGUACCAGCGCUCCAAUCAUUUCAUCGCAACACAAGGGCCCAAGCAGGACAUGAUCUAUGACUUCUGGCGCAUGGUUUGGCAGGAGAACUGCUACAGCAUCGUGAUGAUCACCAAACUGGUGGAGGUGGGGAGAAUGAAGUGCUGUAAAUACUGGCCAGAUGACAGCGAGCUCUAUGGAGACAUUAAAAUCACUCUACUGAAAACAGAAACGCUAGCAGAAUACACCGUACGCACCUUUGCCAUGGAGCGGCGGGGUUACCCAGCCAAGCAUGAAGUUUGCCAAUUCCACUUUACAUCUUGGCCGGAGCAUGGUGUCCCAUAUCAUGCCACAGGACUGCUGGCCUUCCUUCGGCGGGUCAAAGCCUCCACACCGCCCGAUGCUGGGCCAGUGGUUGUCCACUGCAGUAUGGGCGCUGGCCGUACCGGCUGUUACAUAGUUUUGGACGUGAUGCUGGAUAUGGCGGAGUGUGAGGGUGUGGUGGACAUCUAUAACUGUGUGAAGACACUCUGUUCACGACGUAUUAAUAUGAUCCAGACUGAGGAGCAGUAUAUAUUCAUUCAUGAUGCCAUACUAGAGGCCUGUCUGUGUGGAGAGACCGCCAUCCCUAUUAGUGAGUUUGCGCUUACCUAUAAGGACAUGUUGAGUGUGGAUUCUCAGACCAACACCUCUCAACUUCGAGAAGAGUUUCAGACUCUAAACUCUGUCACCCCUCACCUGGAUGUGGAGGAGUGCAGUGUCUCUCUGCUGCCCCGGAACCGCGAAAAGAACCGGAGCAUGGACGUGUUGCCACCCGACCGUGCCCUCGCGUUUCUCGUCUCCACUGAGGGUGAAGGCAACAACUACAUAAACGCAGCACUGAUGGACAGCUUCCUGCAGCCUGCUGCAUUUGUGGUCACCCCUCACCCCCUGCCCACCACCACCGCAGACUUCUGGAGGCUUGUAUUUGACUACGGCUGUACCUCCAUCGUCAUGCUCAACCAACUCAACCAGUCCAACUCUGCCUGGCCUUGUCUACAGUACUGGCCUGAAACAGGGAUGCAGCAGUAUGGACCCAUGACAGUGGAGCUGCUCUCCAGAUCCACUGAUGACAAUGUUGUUACUCGUCUAUUCAGGGUGAACAACAUCACACGGGACCCCAGAGAGAACCACCCAUGUUGGAAUGAUGAUUCUUACUUCUUCAAAAAGUUGCAGGAAGGUCAUCUGGUAGUGCGACAUUUCCAGUUUCUGCGCUGGUCGGCUUAUCGUGAAAUCCCAGACUCUAAGAAGGCCUUUCUCAACCUGCUGGCACAAGUGCAGAAGUGGCAGAGGGAAUGUGGUGAUGGUCGCACUAUUGUGCACUGCUUGAAUGGUGGGGGACGUAGUGGCACAUUCUGCGCUUGCACCAUGAUAAUGGAGAUGGUGCAUCAUCACAACAUGGUCGAUGUGUUCUACGCCGUCAAGACUCUCCGGAACUCCAAGCCCAACAUGGUGGAGUCUAUGGAGCAGUACAGGUUCUGCUACGAGCUGGCUCUGGAGUACCUGGACUGCCUGGAGGUCAGAUAACACAAGAGCUCAAGACCUCAUCAACACUGGCUUCAACCUCUUCACCUUGCCUCCUCUUUUUCCUUUCGCUUGGGCCAAUCCAGCCCAUAUGAAUGAGCUGUUCUGUCCUCCAGUGAGAAUGCAUAUCUACGUCAAGAGUGGGAAUGCAAGACUUGGCACAUUUCUUUAACCUUCAACCUUUAUUGUCCUCUGUGUACUUUUUGUUUUGGUGUUUUCUCCUCCACUGACUCCCUGUGCCAGAUAUUCCUGCCAAACCCUUGAGGGAAUUGAUGAGAUUUCAACAGCUUUGAGAUUUAUGAUAUACGUCUUUGAUCACAUGACUGGCUCUGAGCUCCGCCUUUAGGCCUUAUACACCAUGCAGGAGGAAAACACGCUCAAACCAUGUGACCGCAGCGGCGACAACAUGGGUGAUAACAUUAUGUUUGUACAUUAUGUGUAUUGUUAAACUCUGUACAUGGGGAGGUCUACUGUGAUGAUUUUACUGGAAAGCACCUUGAAUGUGAGGGUGUGAUAAUUGAUGGAGGUUUUCUUUUUUUUUUAUUGAAUUACUUAAAGGUGAUUUGUAUAAUUUGUUGAUGUUAAUCUCCUAUCCCAGCUUAAUGUGCAGAGACAACUAUAAGUGAGCCGUUCAUAGGUUGAUUCUCCUCAAAAGUGUAACACUGUGGCGCUAUCAAAACAUUGCUCUGUUUGUUUGAGCAUCCCAGCACAGCAACAUUGACUAAACCAAUGGUAUGAGUUUGGGGCAGGACUAUGUGUUUGGCUGACCAAUAACACAUGGGGGGUGUUUGGGACAGCUGUUUAAAAACUGAGUUUUCUUGCAAAUAUGUUUGGUGAUGCUAGUGGUGCAAAAAUGACACACUUCACCUUUAAAUCAGAAAGUGGCACUCGAAAGUUCAGACAGGUCAGAAGAAUAGAUACACAAAGAUGGUUUCUGGGUUUGAUUUUUGUGUAUAUAUAAUAUAUAUUUUGCAAAAAAAAAAAGAAAAAAAGUUUCUAGAUGUUGUCUUUAAUGUGCCAACUCAUUUUUGUAUGGGGUGUGUGAGUGUGUGCGCGUGUGCGCGCAAAGAAGAUCAUUCAUGGAUCUGCAUGCCUGUUUCAUGUUUCAUUGCAAUCCAUUGUGACCAGUCUGCUUUGAGUGCCGCUGCUCGCUGUCAUUGAGCACAGUAAAACAAAAAGAUAUACGCAACUAUAUAAAAGAAACAAAAAUGCUACUAUUGGAAUAUGGUGAGGCGCUCGCCAAAAAAAGUUGCUUUUUAUCUUUGUAUUUAUUGGUUGUGUUUUAUUUUCUAAAAAAAUGUGUAACAUGAACGAAUAAAACAUUCCAAUGUUGCUUUUA